UCUUCACCCGUUUACUGCAGUUGAAGUCAUCGUCAAGGGACCCAUCAUCAAAUUACGAUAAUAGCUGAAACUUUUUGCAGGUUGUAAUUUUGGCACACACUAAAGACAGGUUAACUAAGCUAAGCUGAAAGCUUUUCAAACUUAACUUGACAUAUAAAAUAACUAUAUUCCACGUAAACCUGAGACAAAAAUCUAAAAUGUUCCAUAAAAUGAUCUGUUUAAUCCUUCAAGUUAUGUACAGUGCAACAUCAACACAAAUAGGAAAAGACUGUCAUUCCAGUUUACAUAACAAGCAGCCUGAAGUAAGAAACAAACCACCUGCAGUGAAGCUGAACAAAAUCUACUAUCUCAAGCGUUCGAUUCAAAGAAAUCCGUUCGAAGUUUGGUACUUCAAGGAUAAGUUGAAGUCUUUGGAGGAUUUGUUCCUUACGGCCGAAAUGUAUAACAACCAGAUUGUUGAACGACGAACAACAGAAUAUCGUCUUAAAAAUCUUAUGGAAAAAGUUCUACUCGGUCAAGAUAUUGGCCUUAUUGUAAUAGGUGGAUCAACAUCGGCUGGAGGUGGAUUAAUCAACGAUUUCUCUAAUCUAAAAGGAAUUUAUUAUCGUGUGUUUGUCGAUUGGUGGCAGAAGGCCAUACAACCUUUUACUGGAUCUCGCAUCAAAUUGCAGAAUCUCGCCGUUGGAGGAACUGCUAGCGACUUUUUUUAUUAUUGUUACAAAACUUUGAUGAGACCUAAAGAUAGCCCAGACAUUAUCCUCCUUGAGCUUUCAAUAAACGAUUAUCUUCAAUUUAAGGAUUCUCAAAAGCCAAGAGCGUCAUCUCUUGAAAAACUUACGAGGCGGAUACUUAGGGAAGAAUCUUCCUCGGCAGUGGCAUAUGUCAAUUUUACUCCCGGAAAUAAUAAAAUUCCCAUGUGUGACAACCUGGAAAAUCACGGGCAGACUAUGCUAGCCUGGCAUUAUGGCAUUACAAGUUUCAGUAUGCGCGAGUCGUUAUGUUCAGAUGAUCGAGAGAGACAAAUUCCAGCGUUUUUCACUGCGGAUGGAGUUCAUAGUGGUAAUAUUACCCAUGCACAAAUCGCUUUAAUGAUAAUCAAUAGCGUUCGUAAAGCUUUAUCAAACACCAUAACAAAUACCAAUCGAGGGCUAUUUUAUUUACGAUUUGUCAACUUACCGAGACCUGUUUAUUUUGCGGGCAAAGGGGGAUCUGUUCCAGGCCCUCUCUGUUACACUCGCCUCACACCCGACGUAAGUAGCACUUUCUUUAAUCCAUCCCUCUCUGUCACAGAAAUAAAAAAUACGGGAUUUAAACGAAUUCAAAAUCUACCUAUCGGUGUUUAUAGAAGCAGUUCAUGGGAAAAUAAACUCGGGCCUGUGCGGACUGAUGGUUUUGGUGGAUGGGAAGCAGAGAAAGUAGACUCUAUUUUACAACUACGAAUUGAUUUACCUUUUAAUGGCAUUCCUGGGGAUAAUCAAACUAGAGAUGUUCUUAUAGCCUUCCGAACAAACGGUUAUGGAGGAAAAGCAGAAGUUUCAUUGGACAAAAGUAACAACAGCGUCUAUGCUGAUGCGUAUUCCACAUAUGGAUUUACACAAGUCGUUAAUGUAGCGCGUCUAGUAAAACCAGGAAGCCACAAACUAAGUUUUAAGAUUGUAAAAGGCGGAAAGUUUGCAUUAUGCGGUAUCAUGAGUGCAGGCUCAGAACCCGAACUGUGACAAACUAAUGAGCCUAGACAAAGCUGUUGAUCUGUUGAUCACGUGUCUGUUACGAUCGGGUAGGGACCGCAGCCUCACAAAAAAAAAUGCAUCACGAAAUACAAACAACUGGCAGAUUGAAAUGGUUAGGAAGAUGGAAACAGCUUACGUAUAUUUUGUACAAGUACCGAUCGUGUUUGCUUUUUAAUCGUAGUUUAAGGCAUUCCUGCUUUCGGGCAAAACAUGAUUAUGGGAUCACGUCACCAGAACGGGACUAGGAUAAAUUGAUGUUGAUCACCGAGUCCGCCUCGAGUAGAUGGAAAUAGUUAACAAGAAGGAAACUGAUUGAUUAUGUUUUGUACAAAUACAGAUGGGAAAUACUGAGUGAGUGCUGUUCGAUUAACAAAACUAAAUAAGUGAAUAAAUGAUGAAAGUUUACAUUUCUGGAGCGAAGUAAGUUCGAUUUGCGGUGAUGCAGACCGUUUAACACCAGAAAUGCGUCAAAAUUUUUCAACGAGUUGAUAAAAAUAUAGGAAAUAUUGAAAUGCGCCCCUUCGAAACAUAUCUGAGGUAUGCUGUCGGAAUUAUCGUUUCUUUUGUUUCAAGUAUAUGUUGUGGUUCAAUUUUAUCCUUGGUUAAAAUUUUAUCUUCUUUUGUUUUUGGGUAUUGUAAUAUAUGAUAAUGAGUCUGAAACAAAGGAAAAGAAA